UUUGUAUGGAGAGCGGAGCUCUGAGGUGGACGGACAGGAGUCACAGACAGGGUCGUUUCCGCAUCACAAGGACUCAAAAAUAAAUCUUAAAUCUCAAGUUGGAACCUGAUCUCUCUUAGACCUGGAAGCCUUCUUGUGCUGGACUUUAAAAAAACUGGAUGUUUGAAGUAGAUAAUUUAUUUAACAGGCAGUUUCUUUGUAACCUGUAGGGUAAGUUUCCUCUGCACUUUGUUACCGGACAAAGGAUAUUAACGACUAGCCUGCAGUAUUUACUGAAGAAUAUUGUUGAAAUAUACGCUUUAAUUAUCUGUUUAACCUAUGCAGUUUGCACUUAAUUGUCUGGGUUCUGCUGUAUAACAUUGCUGUUUGGCUCUUUUGUUAUUAUAUUGGCAGGGUAGACGUAUAUGUUCAUACAAAGCCUCUAGCAGCAGCAGCAGCUUGCUAAUUACAGGAAGCCAGUUAGCAGGGCAUCGAUCAGUGCGCUUAGCUUCCAGUUUGACCAAUACGGUUAUAUUUAGUUUACUUCGGAAAAUGAUGCGGAUGCCUAAAGGCGUCUCUCCGGCAUCAGGUCGGCCGGUAGUGGGACUGCCUUGUCCUCAGCAGAAGAUGAAGGUUUUGUCCACCGGAGGAGUGAAGACCGAGUUCUUCAGCACCGGACUCUCCAGCCCACCGAUGAGCACGGUACCAGCCGGUUAUUUCACCCAGAUCUGCAACACAGCCGUGGCCGAACAAAGAGCCAACAGCCUGUAUUCAACCCCCCACGGACCAGAGGCUAAACCCAUCAGAUCAUCCUCCGGGCGACUGCCGGCUAAAAGGAAGCUGGAUCUAGAGGACCCUCUCUACAUGCCAGAGUUCCGAACACCAAAAGGCAAAGGCAGCAUCGCAGCGAGGAUACCAAGUCCGAGGACUCCAAAGUCUCCAGGUGAGCGGACACGGUACGAUACCUCCUUGGGCCUGCUGACAAAGAAGUUUGUGGGUCUGAUCGCAGAGUCUCCUGAUGGAGUUUUAGAUCUGAACUGGGCCACGGAGGUCCUGGAGGUCCAGAAGAGACGCAUCUAUGACAUCACCAACGUACUGGAGGGAGUCCAACUCAUCAGAAAGAAGUCGAAGAACAACAUCCAGUGGCUGGUUGGAGAUGUAUUUGAGGGUGGUGCAAGUGGAGGAGAGAAGGCCUGCGCCCUGCGGAAAGAGCUUGGAGACCUGGAGAGGGUAGAAAGGUCUCUGGAUGAGCUGAUCCACUCCAGCACCGCACAGCUCAAACAACUCACAGAAUAUGAAGACAAUAAAAGGUUGGGCUAUGUGACAUAUCAAGACAUCCGCUCCAUCGGGACCCUCCGAGAUCAGACAGUCAUCGCCGUCAAGGCCCCCGCUGACACCAAACUGGAGGUGCCAGACACGGCAGGGCAGGGCUCAUUACAGAUAUAUUUAAAGAGUAAGAAUGGACCCAUUGAAGUCUACCUGUGUCCAGAGGAGGGUCUUGAAGAUGCUAGCCCAGUAAAAAGCGCUAUCACCCCUAAAAAGGAGUUCCCUCAGCCCCUCUGCCAUCCAUCAGCAACCCCAAUGGCUCCACCGUGCUACAGCGUCAAAGAGGAGCCGUCUGAAUGCAACAUUUCCACAGCUGCUUCCUGUGCUGCAGCCUCCACCGCCGCCCUGCUGGAUGUGGAGCGUCUGCUGGGUCUGCCCCCCAGCCUGAUGCAGAUGACAGAAGACCAGCUUCCUUGCACCUCUUUUGCCCCCGACCCCAACACCCCCUUUGUCAGUUUCUCUCCCCCGUUGGACCACGACGAUUACCUCUGGAGCCUGGAGGAUAGCGAGGGAGUGUCAGACUUCUUCGACACCUACGAUCUCGGAGAACUUUUGAAGAGCUGAGGUGUAGAUGAAGGAGGGUGGAGGUAAUCUGCGGGGAUUAAAGGGGAAUAUUUAAUGAAAUGCCUUCACGAGGUAGUACAUAUUACACUAUGAAGCCAUAACUCUUUGCUUUUACCAUGCCUGUUUUGAUGUCAAUGAACCCAAAGGAGGAGUUACCCCCUUUUGAUUAUUUUAUUAAAUUCUGUAUAUAUUUUUGUAAAAUUAAAUAUCAGACUGCGAGGUCUGGUUAGGUUUAGAUUGACAUGGAUGUGUAAUCUCCAACCAUUAGGAAACACUGUUUUAAAAGCAUGUAUUAACUUGAACGAACAUAGGAGUUAUUAUGCAUUUCACAUCCCCAGCGACAAAAUCUGAUGCGUCUCAUCAGGCGGUGUUUACAGUGACAACUCAGGAAUUUUUUGUUUAUUUUUGUUUCCAAAGUCUUAAGGUUUUGUGCCACUCUUUGGCCUGUAGGGGGCAGCCUUGUAUAAUGUCAGCUUUAACUGACAUGCAGCUUUACAUGAUUCAAUCACUGGAUGAGAGAGAGCUAAAGCCACCAAGAGCCAUCUAUUAAUCUUGCUGUGAAUAAUACCAGUUUUUGUAGGUGCAUAAACAAUAUCUGAUUUUGAGCUUGUGUCGCUUUGUCAGAUCAGGUUCUCUUUCUUCGCCUUAAGCUUUAUUCCUGGCCUCGUACCUGUUUGGGGCUGCAUUGUGUGCCAAAAUGUGAAAGGCAGCUUCUGACACCCAAUAAUGGAGCCAGAUCCAGAGUCAAUGACUGAUAAUGGGUUCUUUGGGACCACAUACAAUCUCUGCCUGAUCUAGAAGGCUACACUCACUCAUGUUGGUAUGGCAGCUUUCUUUCAAAUCCAGGUUCUCUAUAAAUGCGAAUUUGCUGAUUUGAAUAGAAGUUUGUAGAUUUAGUAGUGUGACACUACUAUUGUAUUUCUGAGGCAAUACCCCCAAAUAAAUCUAAUUCUGUGUUGCAGGUGUGAUAGAAGGGGGUGUUAAUGUAUGUAAUUAAGGUUUAAUUAGAGUAGCUAUUUGCUUUUGCUGUUGUUCAGAAAUGGAUGAAGUCUGCUUACUGUCUAGCAGCAACAUAAAUAAGAAAUAAUUAUUGUCUUAGCUGUUUAAAUUUCACGCCCAUAAUUGCUUUAAUGCAUGCUGGUGCAACCAUUUAAAAUUUCGUCAGAGCAGCUGUGUCUUUUAUCUGUUUACAUUAUUUUUUUUUGCAGCGUUCUAGACAUUCGGAAAUUUGAAUUUCAUGCAGAUAUAAUUGUGGCUUUCCCUCUAAACUGCAGAGAUAAGCUAAUUGUCCUGUCCUAACAAAACUUGAAACGUGUGUGUGUGUUUAUGUGUGUGUGUAUAUUUGACAGUUUGGGAAAUGGGUCUCAUGGUGUGUUUGUGAGUUUUAUGAUGUAGAUUAGUUAAUGUGAAUUCAGAAUUUGUAGUUAUUUUUUUCAAUGAGCAUUAUUUUUCUGGUAUUUGUACAUAAUUUGUUUUGUAUUUAUACCUGCAUCUUUGAAAGUUGAUACUUGCCUUUUUUAUUUUUACAGAAGGCAAAACUGUUUUUGUAUGACAUGCGGCACUUAAUAUUUUGUAAUAUUGUGUGGUCUGUUUGAAAUUAUUAAAUAAACACUGAAGCCAUUGUUUACAUUUGGAA